UAUAAAUGGAAAGCAGUAACGUAUGUUCGUUAAUCGAGUUAUUACGGCAUUUUUAAAUUGAUAAGAAAUUGUUCCCUUGACGAACGUAAUGAUGUAAGUCUGGAAAUAUUACUCCAUAUCGUACUAUGUUAUCAUUAUGAUUCUGUUUUAAUAUGUCUUAUGAUAAAAAGUUCGUUCAAUGAAAACCAAGUAUUUAAUGUACAUUUCUCUACACUUAUUAUAUCUAUAGUUUUUUGAUUUCAAAUUAUUAAAUUCAUUGUUGAUUUAUUGAUAAUACAUAUCUCUAUCUAUAUUUGAACCUACUUUCACAUAGCAAGACUACAAUUAUUCACUUUCAAAGAUGAACUAUUCAGGCGUCGCGGCGCUAUUGGUGUUGUGCGGCUGCCUGACUGCUACUUUCGCUUCUUCAUUUGAUGAACACCUAGAUUCUGAUUUACAGCUUGACAUUACUACAACCAACAAGCCAAGACAUGAAUUACGUGUGCUCUAUUGUCAUUCAUGUGGUUAUAGAGCUGCAUAUGAACAAUAUUCUCGCAUACUUGAAGAAAAAUACUCAGGAUCCCUUCGUAUAAUUGGUGACAAACAUGAUCCAUCCUUGUUACGUUUGUGGUUUGCUCGAUUUCUGGGUAUUGCUAAAAUGCUUUUGGUGAUUAUUAUUGGUAGCGGUGGUCAAGGUUGGGAUGCUAUUGUUUCAUGUAUAUCAAGGUUGUUAGGUCCAGCUAAAAAAAAAAAAAGACGUAAUAGUGAUGCAAAUGAUACAAAUGACAAUGAUAAUGAAGAUAUUGAAGAAGAAACAAUAAAUACAGAGCAACAGCCUGCAGCUACUACUGGAGGUUGGCGUCGGUGGUGUGCUGAUAAUAAAUGGACAGCAUGUGUAGCAGUUUAUGCUGCAUGCAGUGCUGUUGAAGCAGCAGCUGUAGCAACAGGAGCAUUUGAAAUUUAUUUAGAUGAUGUGCCAGUAUGGUCAAAAAUAGAAGCUGGCCGUGCUCCUCAGCCAGCUGAGCUAUUCCAAAUUAUUGAUAGUCAUUUAGCAAUGAUGACUGGAACAACAACCACAACUUCAUGAGCAUAAUAAGGAGAAUGAAUUAUCACAAGAUUUUUUUGUGUCAAUAUACAUACAUUUGAAUUUAAAACCAUCCUUCUAUGAUCUUUUUUUUUAAUAUUUGUGUGUAUUCAUUUUUUAAAUUAUUAGUUAUAAAAUAUGUAAUUGAUUUCUAAUCUGAUGUAUAUCAAUAACAAAGUUAUUAAGAAGUUGAUUAAGUUAUUAAGAAAAGUUCUGCCAUGGUUGUAUUAAGUUCAUUGGUUCAAUACAACCUUCUAUUAAACAACUAUAAAUUGUGAUUAUUAUGUAAUUAAGGUUAAAAAACUUACAUGUGUUUUCUUUGUACUCUUGUAUCAUUACGAUAACAAGAUUCUUAUAAAAAUUACACAUAUGUAUUUAUAAAAUAAUUUAUCUACUCAAAUAAAAAAUUUAGCAGAGUAGUAAUGUG